AUGCAGACUGCUUCUAAAAGCAUUUGUGAAAGACUGUGCAAUAGGUCCAUCCGUGAAAUGUAAUUGCUACUAAACAUUCCACAGUCAACAGUUAGUGGUAUUAUAACAAAGUGGAAGCAACUGGGAACAACAACAACUCAGCCAUGAAGUGGUAGGCCACAUAAAAUGACAGAGCGGGGUCAGCACAUGCUGAAGCACACAGUACACAGAAGUCGCCAACUGUCUACAGUGUCAAUAGCUAAAGACCUCCAAACUUCAUGUGGCCUUCAGGUUAGCACAACAACAGUGCGUAGAGAGCUUCAUGGAAUGGGUUUCAAUGGCCGAGCAGCUGCAUCCAAGCCUUACAUCACCAAGCGCAAUGCAAAGGGUCAGAUGCAGUGGUGUAAACCCACCACCACUGGACUCUAG